AUGACUCACUCUGAAAAGACAAUGAUGUCGCGUGUGAAUGUGCUCCUCUGUGGCUUACAUUUGAUUCAUUCCUUAACUCACCAGGCAAAAACAACUCUAUUACUGUGGGAAAAUAUAGUUUUAGGAGACCAGGAAAUAGGAGUUCAUAGCACCCCUAACAUUGGGACAACAGAGUUGGAGGCUGGAACAGUACGUUUGGUGAGAACUGUGAGUGAUGCUGUCCAAGAAUUUGGAUGGGCAGAGGACGGUCGGCUUGUUCCUUUCUAAACCUUUUUGGUCAGCAAAAGAGAAUUUGAUGAAGUGCCCUUAUCUCCAUCCAGUGGAAACAGAAUUGACAAUCUGUUUCAUAAUGGGGCAGGGGUGUAUUGUAUCAGCCGUGAUUUGGUUGAGUUUACCAGUAAGUGCGGAGCUGGGAAUAGUUCGCUUGCAGCAGUAACUGCUGAUUUGGAAGUUCAUCAUUUCAAAGCCAGAUGCAGAGCUCUGGGUCUGAUUUUCUAA